AUGGCGGGACCAGAACAAGCGGCGAGGCAGUCGAGUGAAGUGCUAGGACAGAGGAAAUCGUUAGGGAUAUGUCCGUUGAGAGCAGCAGCGGUCGGAGUGGUGAUAAUCGGUGGACUUGGCUACAUGGUUUUGUACAGCAAGAAGAAGCCUGAAGCUUCUGCUGGUGACGUUGCUAAAGUUAUGUCAGGUGUCUCUGGUACUACUGAGAACACUCGUCCUCGUAAUUGA